UGCAUAGGCAUCUCAAAACCAUUUGAGUCUGAGUUACGUGUGGCGGCAACAGCAGCCAGGUUUCCGGAUCCACUCAACCCCUGUGCCGCCCUAUUAUUUCCGGCCCUCUAAGCAUAGCACAUUGCUUUCAGGGACAGUGAGAUGUCGGUCCAGGUGGUUUGGUGGCCGGCCCAGUGUAAACACAAGGUAAUCCUCAAAGUUUGCCGACAAAGGGAGUAGUGGUGCAUGUUCUUCCCCCCCUCCCUUUCGCGGAUUCUUUUAUCGAUGCAAAGCGGUGAGCCAGGCACACCCCGGCACAACCUUUUGACCAAUAUAAAGAGUGACAGACACAUGGGAACGAAGCAGAUGCCCCCAAGCACCCGAAGCUGGGUCCUCAGCCGGGUCACCGCUUCGCCUCAUCCUAUCUUCCAGCUUUCUCCACGGCCAAGAUAGGUGAUUGCUGUUGAAAGAAGAAGCCGGAUAUAGAAAGGAGGAACGCGGGAAGAGGAAAGGAAAGAGAGAGAUUAAAGAGGAAGGUAACAACGACCAAGGCUUCCGAUUCGCACCGCCAAGGCUCCUCCAACUCGCCAUAUAAGAGAUCCACGGCCACGGUGUCAUCUCUCCUGCGACAGCGAUGGACUACCCUCCGGCGGCGUCUCCCCACCGCUACAUGCGGCACCACGACGAGGAGUGCGGCGGCGAGCGCGGCCGCGCCGUUGAGACAUUCUCCCCCUGCGGCUCCUUCGAGAUCCCUCACAAGAACGCCCCCAUAGAGCGGCUCCGGAGAUGGAGACAAGUGGCACUUGUGUUGAAUGCUUCUCGUAGGUUUAGAUAUACUCUGGAUUUGAAGAAAGAGGAAGAAAGGGAAAUAAGGAGAAAGAUUCGUGCACAUGCUCAAGUCAUAAGGGCAGCACUUCUUUUCAAAGAGGCUGGGGAAAGGGAGCACCCAGGCAUGCCUGGAAGUCCACCAAUACUUCCAAUUUGUGGUUUUGGAAUUUUUGAGGAGCAGCUCACUUCAGUGACCAGGGAUCAUAAUUUUUCUGCUCUAGAAGAACUUGGCGGGGUUAAAGGACUGGCGAAUUUGUUAAAAACCAAUUUAGACAGGGGAAUUAGUGGAGAUGAUGCUGAAUUAUCACGUAGGAGGAAUGCGUUUGGGGCCAACACAUACCCUCAAAUGAAAGGAAGAAGUUUUUGGGUUUUCCUAUGGGAAGCUUGCCAAGACUUAACCCUUGUCAUCCUUAUGGUAGCUGCAGUUUUAUCAUUGGUAUUGGGCAUAAAGACAGAGGGCAUUAAAGAAGGCUGGUAUGAUGGUGGAAGCAUUGCCUUUGCUGUUAUUCUUGUCAUAGUUGUUACAGCAAUCAGCGAUUAUAGGCAGUCACUCCAAUUCCAAAGUCUGAAUGAAGAGAAGCGAAACAUACGUCUAGAGGUAAUGAGAGGUGGUAGGAGAAUUAAGAUCUCAAUAUAUGAUAUUGUAGUUGGUGAUGUCAUUCCUCUUAAAAUUGGUGAUCAGGUCCCUGCAGAUGGCAUUUUAAUCAGCGGUCAUUCUUUUGCAAUUGAUGAAUCUAGUAUGACUGGGGAGAGCAAAAUCGUCCAUAAGGAUCAGAAGGCACCAUUUUUAAUGUCCGGAUGCAAAGUAGCUGAUGGUUAUGGUAACAUGUUGGUAACUGCUGUUGGAAUCCAUACCGAAUGGGGUUUAUUGAUGGCCAGUAUUUCAGAGGAUACUGGUGAAGAAACUCCUUUGCAGGUACGCUUGAAUGGUGUUGCUACUUUCAUUGGCAUUGCAGGGCUUAGUGUAGCUGCUGUUGUUCUUGCAGUCCUUUUGGUUAGAUACUUUACUGGACAUACCAAGAAUCCUGACGGUUCUGUGCAAUUUAUAAAGGGACAGACGAGUGUAAAGGCUGCAGUUAAUGGAGCCAUUAAGAUCUUGACAAUUGCAGUGACUAUUGUGGUUGUUGCCGUGCCUGAAGGGCUUCCAUUGGCUGUUACCUUGACCCUGGCAUACUCGAUGAGAAAGAUGAUGGCCGACAAGGCUUUGGUGCGUAGGCUUUCAGCAUGUGAAACUAUGGGAUCAGCUACAACUAUAUGCAGUGAUAAGACUGGAACUUUGACCCUGAAUCAGAUGACUAUUGUGGAGGCAUAUGUUGGUGGAAAGAAGAUAGAUCCUCUGGAAGAUGUUGAAUCGACCGCAUGCGCUCUCUUAAUUGAAGGAAUUGCACAAAAUACAACAGGCAGUGUGUUUGAGCCAGAGAAUGGUGGAGCGAUUGAGAUUACUGGGUCACCUACUGAAAAGGCUAUUCUUUCUUGGGCAGUCAAGCUUGGGAUGAAGUUUCGUGAUGCAAGAUCUAAAUCUUCAAUUCUUCACGUCUUCCCCUUCAAUUCUGAGAAAAAACGUGGUGGUGUUGCAGUGCAUGUGGGAGAUUCUGAAGUUCAUGUUCAUUGGAAAGGUGCUGCUGAAAUUGUUCUUGCCGCAUGCACAAGCUGGCUCGAUGCAGAUGGUUUGGUGCAGCCAAUGACCUCAGACAAGGUUGAUGCAUUUAAGAAAUUGAUUGAAGAUAUGGCAGCAGUUAGCCUUCGCUGUGUUUCUUUUGCUUACAGAUUGUAUGAUUUGAAAAAUGUCCCAAGUGAGGAACAGAGAGACAACUGGCAGUUGCCUGAGGAUGACCUGAUUCUACUUGGUAUUGUGGGGAUAAAGGAUCCUUGUCGGCCUGGGGUCAAAGAUGCUGUGGAGUUAUGCACUCAUGCAGGUGUCAAGGUUCGCAUGGUCACUGGGGAUAAUCUACAGACUGCUAAAGCAAUAGCUCUUGAGUGUGGGAUACUUACAGAUGCCAACGCUUCAGAGCCAACUCUCAUAGAGGGAAGAAUAUUUCGUGCCAAGGAUGAUUUGGAAAGGGAUAGAAUUGCUGAGAAAAUAAGUGUGAUGGGGAGGUCUUCCCCCAAUGACAAGCUGCUACUUGUCAAGGCACUGAAGAGACUAGGUCAUGUAGUUGCUGUCACAGGCGAUGGCACUAAUGAUGCUCCUGCAUUGCAUGAGGCAGACAUUGGUCUAGCCAUGGGCAUUCAGGGAACCGAAGUAGCGAAAGAAAGUUCAGACAUCAUUAUACUGGACGACAAUUUUGCAUCAGUUGUGAGGGUUGUCCGUUGGGGUCGUUCUGUAUAUGCAAAUAUUCAGAAAUUUAUCCAGUUCCAGCUCACUGUCAAUGUGGCAGCACUUGUAAUUAAUGUUGUUGCUGCCUUUUCAUCUGGUGAAGUUCCUUUGAAUGCUGUCCAGCUUCUUUGGGUGAAUCUCAUCAUGGACACGCUUGGAGCACUUGCAUUGGCAACAGAACCACCAACGGACCAGCUAAUGGACAGACCUCCAGUAGGUCGAAGGGAACAUCUUGUUACAAAGGUCAUGUGGAGAAAUUUGAUAGUACAGGCUUUAUAUCAAGUUACGAUCCUCCUGGUACUCAACUUUGAUGGGAGGAGUAUUUUGCAUUUGAGGCAUGACAGCCGAGAGCACGCAGACAAAGUGAAAAAUACAUUCAUCUUUAAUACAUUUGUCCUAUGUCAAGUUUUUAAUGAGUUCAAUGCUCGGAGACCGGAUGAAAUUAAUGUGUUUGGUGGAGUAGCCAAAACCCCCCUCUUUAUGGGAGUAAUAGGAAUUACAGUUUUAUUUCAGGUCUUGAUUAUCGAGUUUCUAGGGAAGUUUACGUCGACUGUGAGGCUCAAUUGGAAGCUGUGGCUAGUUUCAAUCGCCAUUGGCUUUAUAAGUUGGCCUCUGGCUGCUCUUGGUAAAUUCCUCCCUGUUAGCUGGGGGAGAAAGCAAGAUGAUGGACAGCGGAACUGAACUCCGCUGAUAGGGCGUAAGAGUGGAUUUUCAAUUGAAGCUGGGGUUUUAUAUAGAGGGGUGGGCUAUACAUGAUGAAAUUGUACAUGCUGUGAUCAAGCUAUUACUUCAUUCUAUACAAGAUAAUAUGAGUUUGUUUUUCGACAUUAAUAGAGGAAGGAUUCUUGUUCUUAGCUACUGGUAUAGUGUGUCUGGUCAUGCUCCUAAGCAUUGUCAUGUGUUGAUGGUUCUUUAUAGGCUCUGGUCCUACUUUUUAUUAACCUUUUGUAAUUAAUGAUUCUCCUAAUCUUUAAGAAUCACAAAUGGCUAGCCUGUGCAGUAUG